GUCACAUGAAAUGGAAUUGUUAAGCGACAUCGAAACACACUCCUCCAUCGUUUGUUUGUUGUACAGAUGAUCAUUGAAUCGGGAAGUCUGAAAAAAGAGCAUAACACUGUGUGGUACCACUCGGAACAGUGAUAAGCAACCAUUCAUGGAUGUGUUAAGAACUCUUUUUUAAACGCGUGUGCUAAGAAAAUGAGAGCGUGGGUGAUUAGGAAGCAGGAAGUAAGGCACUGGAUCAAAGCAAAGUUGUACCCCGAUUCGUAAGCGUGGUAUAGUUGUAGCACGCAGUUCUUUACCAGUACAGGUAAUGUCUUGGAAGUAGCAUUAGGUGCCGUUCCUUCAAAAUGCAACGGCUAUUAGUGAUGUAUCGUCUGGUGUUGAGUGUUGCAAUAAUAGUGCUAUUGCUGUUAGUAAAUGGUCAAGAAACGUCCGAUACAACCGAACAGCUUACGGAGACAUCUACUGGUUGGUACGAUGAAGAUGCCAGUACGAUACCGGAAAAGGAGUACCAAGACCUAGACCUUGGUGGCACAACUCAAGACAUCAAUCAAGAAUCAAGUGCAAUAACACAAGAUCCCGAUCAAUCCCGGCACCCACAGCAGACAACUAGUGCAACCGUUCGACGGUUAGAGUUGGCGAACUCACGCUUUCAAGACAACAUAAACAGCAUGAAGAAUAGUAGCGCACGUCUAGACAUUGUAUUUCUGAUAGAUGCGAGCUCGAGUGUCGGACCAAGCAACUUUCAAAGCGAGCUACGCUUCGUGAAGAAACUUCUCGCGGGCUUUGACGUUAGCAUGAACCGUACCCGCAUUGCGGUAGUUACAUUCAGUUCACGCAAAAAGGUGAUCCGUCACGUCGACCAAGUAUCCCGACCGGUGCCCGACAAUAACAAAUGUCUGUUGCUGAACUAUCAGCUGCCGGGUAUCGAGUAUAGUGGUGGUGGCACGUACACCUACGGUGCGCUAAAAGAAGCGGAAGACAUUUUUGCCGACAGUAGACGGAGCGAAACGCAUCCAGACGGUCUGGAACGUAUCAUCUUUCUCAUUACGGACGGUUACUCGAACGGACAGAGUCCGAUACCGAUCGCCCAAAGAUUGAAGCGCAGUGGAGUGAAGAUCUUCACGAUUGGUAUCGAAACCGGUAACGAUGAGGAGUUGGCAAGUAUCGUAACGUCAACCGAACAUCGCUACCUAUUGUCUAGCUUCGAGCAGUUUGAAACACUAGUCCGACAAGCGCUACAUCUCGACUACCGCCAUGGACCAUCCGUACCGGUUGCUAAUGGAUCUCUCUGUGAUCGCUUAUGCGACAAGAUGAAGCUUAGAGACCCGAACGGUACAGCACUAUACGGUUGCUGUGAUGAGCAUGCCUCCUGCACCUGCCUGACGUCCUCCGGUCACUACCGGUGUACCUGUCAGCGUGGUUUUAGUGGAUCGGGUUUGCGCGGUGACUGUCAUCCGUGCCCGAACGGUACGUACUGGAUUGCUGGCGGUAUAUGUGAGUCGUGUCCGCACGCGCGUCACAUCACACUAACGCUCGGCGCAACGUCCGAAAAGGAGUGCGUUUGCCCUCACGGUUAUCAGGAGAACGAAGAUGGACGAUGCGUGGCGAUUACGUGUUCCGAGUUACAGGCACCGGAAAAUGGAUACUUUGUGAUGGAACCGAAACCCUGCAGUCAGGUGCUGAACGCUGCCUGCGGCACACGGUGCCGUCCGGGGUAUGAGUUGACGGGGAGCAGUAUACGUCUCUGCCAGGAAAACGGCGAAUGGUCUGGAAUAGAGGCAAAGUGCACGAUGAAGAUAUGUCCACCGUUGAAUAUUCCUUACUACGGUAUGACCGUCUGCAGCAACCCUGAUCUCGAUCUGCUGUAUGAUUACACGCCGCGCAACAAAUCGUUUCUCCAAAACUAUAGCAUGUCAUCGGAACGCUUUACCGAAGCAAUGCCAAUCGACACCGAGUGCUCAUUUACCUGUGGGCCAGGAUUUUAUCUCAAAGGUUCACACAACCGAAACUGUUUACCGCUGUCUAAGUGGGAUGGUUUACAAACGACUUGCAAGCAGAUCCUAUGUCCAGCAUUACCCAAGGUAGCAUUCGGAACGUACGAUCCAACAGAUUGUGCUGAAUCCAAGUCUGCCUUCGGUACCAACUGUACGCUUAUAUGUGACUUUGGGUUCGAGAUGAAGGGUGGUCCUUCAACAAAGCAGUGCGGUGGCAAACGGACGGGUACGUGGAGCAAAAUGAAGACCCCACGGUGCAUAGACAUAGCUCCACCGUACAUCGAAUGUCCGGGGAACUAUACCGUGCUGAUGGAUGACGACUAUCCGUACGCGAUAGUGCGCCGGCUGCAACAACCUUACGUGUUCGAUAAUAGUGGAGACAACUACACGUACUGGUCGAAGCCUGGUAUCAAGGAGGAAGGUAUCCGACUCGCUUUAGGUGAUCACGAGUUUAGCUACAUCGCGAUGGAUGCGUUCAAGAAUAAGGCUCGGUGUAGCUUUACCGUUACCGUGAUCGAUUUAACACCUCCCGUGUUCGAACAUUGUCUCGACGGACCUGUUCACUAUGUAAGCGAUAUCAACAACCCACAGGAAACGUUUGUCCGCUGGGAGGAACCACUUGUGUACGAUAAUGCUGGUCGCAACAUUACCAUAACGCAGAACGUCACGUUUGGAUAUUUACCAGCUGGGAAACAUUGGGUACAAUAUCAUGCCGUAGAUCCUUCCGGUAACAAAGCCGAAUGCGUGCUGACUGUGCAGGUUAGACAGUACAACUGCGAUGACAUACCGGAACCACGGGACGGUUACUCGAUCUGUGCGUACAACAACUCACACGUGUGGUGUGAGAUUGGAUGCAAAGAAGAUUACAUGUUUAGUCUUCAGCCGGAAGAAACCAUCCGUAUGGUUUGCGACCGUGCCAAACCAACGUGGGGCGAACAGAUGGAUGUACCAGAAUGCAGCAAGGUAAUCAGCUCAACCGGAGUGGAAAAGAUCAUCACAAUCCGGCUAGAUAACGAAAUGGAUCCUACACUCUGUAACGAUACGGACGCGAUCAACGAGGUGUCGGAAGCAUUCAAUGACGGACUGCGUGAGGAGCUGUGUGGCAAUCAAGAGGACUGUACGCUGAUGACAACCUUACCGACCUGUGUACACAGCAAAACUACUUCACAAACGGACGCGGAUGAAUCCUUACGGUACAGUAUCGUAAAGCGGAGUGUAGAAUCGCAAGGCUACUCUACACCGGAUCCAGUACCUGCGAACGAUCGGGCAAUGGUGAAGAUAUUCGUCUACAAGCGCGUAUCGCAGGAACUUGGUCUAUGGCGAUCUGAUGGGAAACAAUCGGAAAAUAUUAAACGCAUAAAAGAAGAACUGGAAAAGAUCAACGGAAAGAAGAAGCUGAGGCGUCGUCUGGGUGCGCUCAACUUAGAUCUCAGCGUUCUGAAGCUAGACGAGAAAAUCCGCUGUGCGAAUGGAAGUAUCUCGAAGAAAUUAGUUUGUGUGCACUGCCCAAGAGGUACGUACCACAACUACACGAUCAAUACCUGCGUCAGCUGUCCGAUUAGUUCGUACAAUGAUCAGACAGGCCAGACCGCAUGCCAGCAAUGCCCGGAGCAUCAUUCCACAAGGAAACUGAACGCCAAACAUGCUCACGAAUGUAAACCUCAAUGUCCACCGGGUACGGUUGCCAGGUUGAAGCUGUUGAAGAAGACGAAACCGAACGGUGGUGCCGCCGGUACGGUCAAGUAUCACAAAACGCUCAUGCCGUUCUGUCGGCUGUGUGAACCGGGCCAAUAUCAGGAGCAGUAUAACCGGGCCCAGUGUCAUCCGUGCCCGUCUAAUCACAGUUCGCCGCGUGGUUCCAAGUCACCGUCCGAUUGUUUCCCGAUCGGUGGACAGCUUUGUAACGAGAGCGUCUCGAAUGUGUGUGGCACUUUUGGACGAUGCGUUACCGAACCUUUCUCACCGCUCGGGUACCGUUGUGUUUGCGAGGACAACUAUGUUGGUGAACACUGUGAAAUAGCACUGAAUCCGUGCGGUUCUGCACCGUGUUUCAAUGGUGGACGGUGUGUUACGGCGAACAGUAGUGCUGGCUUUGUAUGCUACUGUGAACCACCGUAUAGCGGUGGUCCGUUGUGCGAGUUUUACGUCGAUCCGUGCCGGUCGGACUAUUGCCUGAAUGGUGGUAGCUGCGUAGAGGCGGACGGUCGUCCAUUCUGCGAAUGUCCACUGGGCUACGAGGGAGAACGAUGCGAAUGGCGCAAGGAUUUCUGUACGCCUAACCCCUGCGAGUACCGGGGUGUGUGCGUGAACGUUGACGAAGGUUAUAGCUGUGCAUGUCCUCGAGGUAAAACGGGACGUCGAUGCCAUCUGGAACCGUGUGACUAUUUGCCAUGUCCGGCAGGAGCUCUCUGUUUAAACGGACCAAACGAUACCGACAACAGCCAUGACAAGUUCGUGGUAGUACUGCAAACACAGCAAAAACAACCGCAGCGUACGACACUGGGCGAAUCCUUGGACUACUCAAUGAGUUAUAUGUGCGUCUGUCCGAUAGGAUUGCGAGGUAACAAUUGCACACAGAUAGACAAUCCGUGCGACAAAGUACAGCGCCAUUACUGCCGUAAUGGAGGAACCUGCGAACCUGUCAAACUGCGUAUCCUCACGGAGAGUACUGCUGAGGACUAUGAUGAUGAAAGCUAUCGCUCCGUACGCUGCCAUUGCCCACCUGGAUAUCAUGGCAGUAGGUGUGAUCUGUUGCUAUCAGCGGCAUUUGAGUUUGAUUUCCCACGGAGUGGUGUACAUGCUUACGCUAAGUUGCCUGCACGCAGGAUAGAAGGCGAAGAUGCGCUGAAAGCGAUCGGUAUGUGUGGAUGGUAUCGUACGGAUGAUGAUUUCAACUACGGUACACUGCUCUCAUACGCAACGGCCAAUUCGGACAAUGCAUUCACACUGACGGACUACAGUGGACUGGUACUGUACGUGAACGGAGCACACGUCGUUACUAACGUGUCACUAAACGACGGCGAUUGGCACUUUGUGUGCGUGAGCUGGACAAGUGCUGGUGGACGUUACGCACUUUACCUCGAUGGGGAGCUAAGUGCAGAGGGAUGGAAUCUGAGCGAUGGGGUACCGAUUCAACCUGGUGGACUGUACGUUUUCGGCCAGGAGCAAGAUGUGCUCGGAGGUGGCUUUAGUGAGACGGAAUCAUACCGUGGGCGUAUGGCGUACGUAGAUCUCUGGAGUCGUCCACUGGAGGCGGGUGAGGUUAAACAUUUCUAUCGCACCUGUGAACCGUACGGUGGUAAUAUGAUAAGAUGGCUUGAUCUAAGACUGCAAACGGUCGGGCAGGUGCGCAUUGUUAGUUCUGGCUUCUGUCGCGAUUGUCCCCGGAACCAUUCCUUACCGAAUGGUUCUGUGAGGUACGAAGGGAUGAGAGCACGGUUUCGGUGUAACGAAGGAUAUGAGCUCAUAGGAUCCUCCAUUGCGGAAUGUUUACGUACUUCCCAAUGGACUGCUGGUGUUCAGUUUUGCAAGCUAAUUCGCUGUGGUACACUGAAUGCUCCCCUCAAUGGUCACGUCAUAUUAUCGAAGACUAGUUACGGUGGUGAGGCUCGCUUUGGUUGUGACGAAGGGUUCCUAAUUGCUGGGUCAGAUAUUCUUUACUGUACUGCACGAGGUACCUGGUCCGGUACCGUUCCCGAGUGUAUCAGUAUCGUCAAGUGUCCACCAUUGGUGCUGGAGGAGAAUGACGGUAGAGCACCUAUCAUAUACGCAACCGAACGUGGUGCAAUAACGCGCUCACUUCCGAGCUACGAUGUGGGCGUACUAGCGGAAGUGCGCUGUUUACCACAGUUCGCCCUAACAGACGACAAUCUGCUGACGUGUCUGGAGACUGGACAGUGGGAUAUACCAUUGCCGGAGUGUGUUCCUAUACCACCGACAACAACACCUGCGGGCGAUAGCCAUUCGAACCUUAUCAUACGCGUUAACCGACGGCCGGAUGUACAGUUUUGGAAGCAUCUAAGAGACUACCUGUUCCACGGCUGCACACCAUCCACGAUUCCUGGACGACAACUUUCACUGUUUUGCUAUUCCGCUUCCGGCACGAUUGCCGGUAACAAUUGGACGGAUCUGAGCGGGUUUACACUCCAGAAGGAUGCUCCCCGGGUUUCCAACAUAGACGUAAAGCUGCUCGGCUUUCUGAUGCGUACCGUUCAACCGAAACCCGUCGACAAACUUGUGCCGGAAAACUUGCUGCACUACAUACUCUACGGUACGGUCGAACCGAUACCACCGGCAAUGCGCUAUCCAGCACAUCUUGAGAAUGCCUAUCGUUUCGUUAUCUGUCAGUUUAUCGACAUUAUACUGAUGGAUCGGGAGCUAAACUACGACGAUGAGCUGGUGGUGGACAUUAGGCAGGAGGAAAACACCAACACGAAGAUAAAGCAUUUGCUGAAGAACGUGGCACAGGUCGUGUACCAGCAGUACCAACAUCUGCUGGAGGAACGGAAUGCCCGUGAGUCGGCCGCACUGAAAAAGAUCAUCGAGCUGGCGGAGGCUGUACCGGUUGGGACGAGUUCCAGCAUUACAACCUCCACCACCACAACCACCACCACAGCAACUACACCGAAAAGUUGUCCGUUGAGUCAUCUACCCACUCCACCGAUCGACAGCCACGUGGUAAUGGUUGCCUUUCGUACACUUAUCCACCGGCAUCCGGAUGAGUGGCGUUACGAGAAGUUGCUGUACAGUGGACAGAAUGCGGAACCGGGCGAUCGGAUCGAGUACGGGUGUGAUGCUGGAUUUAGCAUGCGUGGUUCUGGUGUGACGGAAUGCGAUACCAGUGGGCGUUGGAACGUUGUGGAGGGGUUCUGCGAAGGAGCGGUAUGUGAGAAUCCACCAAAUCGUCCGAACAUGCUGAUUGCACCUGAGUCUCUCGAUAAGCAGUACUACGUGGACGAUGAGAUCGAGUAUCGGUGUGAGGCGGGCUACACACUCAAAGGCCAUCCUAUCGUGAAGUGUCAACCGAACGGACGCUGGACUCUAAUGCUGGCAAGAUGCACGCGCAUCUCAUGUGGACGACCGAAAAAUCUUGCCAUGGGGCAUGUAAUAGCGGGCAAUACGUUCCUGUACGGUGACUCACUUACAUUGCGCUGCAAAGAUCAUACUCUUGCUAUCAUCUGUCAGUCAAACGGCCAGUGGACACCGUUCAAUGAAUGUUUCUAGUAUAUCCGAAAAGUAGUGCAUUUAGUACCAUAUCCAAUAGAAAUAGUAAU